UUUUAUCGUCCUGCUAUCUCAGACACACAGACCACACUAGUGUGUAGUAGUGCCCAAAAUCUGACAGCACAUCAGUGUGUAGUCAUUUAAUCUAAUCGGCGUAGCCAGAACAGUAUUAAUUCAAGUUUACUUUUAAGUCCCGUUGUCAAUUAAACAUGUCACAGUUCUCUCAGGACCAAAUUUCCGAUUUCCAGGAAGCCUUUGGGCUAUUUGAUAAAGACGGCGAUGGUUUUAUCAACGCUUCAGAGAUUGGAGUCAUUAUCAGAUCUCUUGGUGGAGUCAUCACUGACGCUGAAGUUACUGCCAUGAUUUCUCAGUUCGACAAAAAGAAUGGACAAAUCGACUUCGCUGACUUCCUAACUUUAAUGGCGACAACAAUGAUCAGAAGAGAAUCGCCGGAAGAUUUGCUGCAAGCCUUCCAGGUGUUUGACAGAGAAGGGAACGGCUACAUCUCAGCAGCAGAGUUACGGCACGUGAUGACGAAUCUGGGAGAGAAACUGAGCGACGAGGAGGUCGAUGAAAUGAUUCAAGAAGCUGACACUGAUGGCACAGGACACAUAAAUUACACAGAGUUUGUCCGGAUGAUUACCAGUUGAGAACCCCUGCAGGACAUAACGAACUUAAACACUGUCACCCACUCGUGUGGGAAGAGACUUUGACAUUAUGUGCGUGUAUAUAUUUAUUUUUUAUACAUGAUGCUGUCAGCAUACCAGUGUGUAUAAUACAUGUAUAGUAGUGUCUUACAGCGGGCCGGACAUGAUCAUUCUAUGUUAAAGAUGUUACCUUGUUAUGAAUGUAUUUAUAUUAUUACAUUGUACAAUGAAAAAUGAA